CCUGCAGAAUUACAUCACUUCCUAAAAAACAGGCAAACACUUCUCCUUCAAGUUAGCACCGACCCAAACAAGCAGGAAACAGGAAAUGUUGGGGUUUCAGGGAGGCUGAAGCCCGGCGCCGCACGAUGCCCGGGCGCGCGGAGCGGAGGGCUCGGGGGGCUGCCCUCGUGUGCGCGCUGCUGACCGCGCUGCUGCCCCGCAGCCCCGCCCAGGGAGAAAACAUGCUGGUCCUGGAAUCAACAAAUGAAGACCUACUGGCCCAAUUUUAUUUAUCUGAGGAACCAGAACAGUCAGCGGAUAUGCCCUUGGAAGUGUAUGGAAGAGAAGAUUUUAAUACUAAUGCUACGUUUCCCACGGUGACCACAGAAACAUUACCUGCAAAUACAAGUUUUAUCGACUUUGACGAUGAUGCAGAUCAGUUAGAAUUUAUAUUAAUGGUGUUGAUCCCACUGAUUUUAUUUGCCCUCCUAUUUUUAUCAGUGAUAAUCCUUGUAACACGCUAUAGGAGAAAAAGAGCCAAACAAGAGCCGUAUAGCCCAGGAUCUCAGAGUGCCUUACAGACAUAUGAACUGGGAAGUGAAAACAUCAAAGUGCCCAUUUUUGAGGAAGACACACCCUCUGUUAUGGAAAUCGAAAUGGAAGAGCUUGACAAAUGGAUGAACAGCAUGAAUAGAAAUGCAGACGGCGAAUGUUUACCUACUUUAAAGGAAGAGAAGGAAUCAAACCACAACCCAAGUGACAGUGAAUCCUGAGACUGAAUGGUGCUAAGGUUUUCCAAGAGAAGCAGCCCCGGAGGGAGCCUGCCGAGCCUGCCAACAGAGGAUGAAGAGGAUGCGAAUUUAAUUAAUUUCAAAUCAACAUAGACACAAGAACCUUUUGCUGUUUCUCCCAACGCCCACUCUUCCUAAUGAUGGCAUCACCUGUACUUGGAAGAAUGCACGAUUGAGAAGCGCGAGGGAAGAGGCUUGGCUGCCGUCCUGGGCCUCUGAGGGAGGAGGACCCAAGCGGGCUCUCGCCCCCGGGAGCACCUCUUCUCUCCUCCAGGCCUACCCCUGGCUGCCCGGUCCUCUGGGCCAUGCUCUCUAGGUCUUUGUUACCUUUCUGCUUCGUUCCUCAAAGUUUAAAUCAGGAAGCUGUUUUAUAUAUGGCUUCCUUCUGGGUCACCUUAUUACCUAAUUAGCGCUGGAUAAUUUCCUCUGAUUAGUCAAGUCCUCUGAUAGGUCAUGUGCAUUCGGCAGCAGCUUUCCUCAAGGCGAGUUACAUCAUGGAAAAGACAGAAAACAAAGCGAGCGUUUCACUGUGUGCAUCAUCCCAGGGGCUUGGUAAGCUCAUCUGCCUGCCAAGAAGACAGAGUGGGAGAGGCCGCCGUCCGGAGGAGACGCUCUUUGGGGCCUUGGGGACUCGAGUUGGCCAGAGCCCUUGGGACCUUCUUGGAGGAAAAGGGAUCUUCAGUGACAGAGCAAAGUGAUUUCCUUCUCAGCUACAAUCACCGGCUUGUUCACAUUUCCCCAAAGCUCAUUCUUACUCUCGCCACACCUCCCCCGCCUGUGGUCUGGGACUAGGACAUGGGCACAGGGUGGGUCAUCUGUCAGCCUUCUAUGUUUUCAAGAUCUUUAAGGUCAUUUGAGACAGACAGAAUAGGAAUAGGAAAUACCUGUGCCUGUGGCACAUAUCACUCGUCGCACUCUCCUGUCAGGCUGGGGCAAGCCUGGUGUCCUCCUCGACACGGCUCUCCGGGAGGCCACUAUCAGCCCAUCAGAGAUGAUAUUCAACACGGUCUCUGUUGACACCCUCGCACGAGUAGCAGCAGUGCACCGUGCAGGAGGGCCUGCUUAUCAUUCCCACUCACGUAAAAUCAAUCCUCCUUUAAUCCUUAAUUUUCUAAUUCUGACCUUUAAAGCAAUCUAGCAAAUCGGAGUCCUCAGGUCUUCUACGACACUUGGUAUUUUAUUCCAGGGAAGAAGAAUGAAAACUUUAUUUAUUUUACUGUCCUCAUAUCAACUGCAGGGAGAUGAGGCUCACCAAACUCUUGCUGUUGAAUGGGGGGGCUUGUGUCUGGAAGGCCGCCUUGAGGCGUAGCAGAAACGGGCCUUCUCCACCCUCUAGCUGGCAUCCGCCUUCUGACCUGGGCUCCUCGUUUUGAAGGCAGGGUUCCAAGCCAGGGAAAUCUUUCCACACAAUAAAAGAAAACUAUCUGCUUGUGUUUAACCACUGCUAUUAUGCUAGCUUGAGACUUCACAGGGCCUUGGCGAAGGACAGUCUUCACGGUAUAGAAUUUCAACAGAUUGAUCUGUCAUAUUCUCGUUAGCACAUCCUAAUAGGGCAUUUUUGUUUUCACCCCUGUUCUGCAUAUUCAUACUCAACCUGCAGUCCAUAGUGACUCUCAGAUAUUUCUGCCAAAAUUGCCAUUUUCUGAAUCACCGAAUCUAUUUUGUUACUUUGUUUCUUCUCAACAUUUUGACUCUCAGAAGAGUCUCAGAUCGCUUCCUUUUCUCUCUAGGUAUCCAAGAUUUUUGAUGAACUCUGAGGCCUGUACAUUUUAUCCAAGUCUAUCAAAUAAUGGAGACUUGAGAAGUUCAGAGAACUAUAAGGGGUCUUGGAAUCUCGUUUUGAUGAAGCAAUAUUUUAUGAUACGAUAAAGAUAUUCUCGUUCAGUAUUUAAAAUCACUUCAAAUUCCAGCAAGAGAAACUUCAGCAACACGCCAUUCAAUUUAUGUCUGAAAAAUGUACCGGUGUCUAUAAGUGCACAGUACACAAGGCAUUUGUUUUAAAGGUAGUUUAUUCUUGGCCAGGUGUAUUAACCAAAGCUGUGAAGGGUCAAUCCUAGCGCCCUCUUUUUAUUACUGUUCAAUUAAUAGGUAUCAUAUAUUGAGGAUAAUUUCAAGAAUUGCUUUUAAACCCAAAGUUAAUUUUAUGUUUCAGAUUAUUGUUAGUAAAAAUUUAACUAAUUGGCCUUAAUUACAUAGCCGAUCAGAACAAAAUCUGGCUUCAGAAUAUUUUAAAGAUAUGUAAGUUUCACUGCAUUUUUGUACAUUUUAAGCAGACUAAGUUAACAAUAUUGUCAAGUCGAACUCCUCAGGAAACUUAUUUAAAUGAAUGUGUAAGAAUAUCAAUCUGUUACUCUUAACUCAGUGAUGUGACUCCUCUUUCUGAGGAGCUCGUUGUUACCCAAACACAUACAGCACGGAUCCAACUUCUUAUCCAUUGGGGGAACAAAUGCUUCUAUCAGUGUAAAUGGAUGCUUUAAAAAAUGCUUUUGUCUAUUUUUAAAUUUUAUCAAUUUGUACCAUCUCUGGAAGAAGGCCCCUAUGAUGAGUAAACAUAAAAUAUAGACUUUAGUUCCAAUAUCUGUCAGAAUUAACACAAAUUCGGAAUGUAGUGGAGUGAUAAGACACCGUUUUAUACUAAGAAGACACUGCUGAAAUUCUCACUGUGGGGAAAACAUUGAAAUUUUAUACUGAAUUAAAUUUACACAUGUUAUGUUUUUACUCUCAGGAGAUACUCAAGGUAAAUCUUGGGGUUCCAUUUAAUAUGUACAACAGGCAGACCAGGGUAGCUUCACUCAUAGAUUACAUUUCCUCGAUCUUAAAGUAACCAGAAGAGUCACUGUAUAACAGUGUGGAGUGAAAUUAUUCAAAUUGGUUAUUAAUAAUUGCAUAAUCCAAACAAUGAAUUGCCUAGAUUUGUUUAUUUGUUUGAGCAGCUCUGUGACAUUACCUUGGUACUGUCCCAUCUGGUACUAAAAUUUUAUUUUCCUCCUAGUCCUUUUGGGGGUGGCUAUUUGUAGAUACUUGGUGGGGUUUUUUUGGUUUGUUUUUUGCCCUAUUACCUUUUCUAAAUAACAUGUUAUAUUCAUGAGAUACCAAUCCAUGCAAAUAUAUAUGAAACUAAAACUUUUUAAAAUCAAUUCUAUAGAUACUCUAAGCUCUUCUUGAAAUACUUUAAAAAGUUAAAUUUAUAAACCAAAGUACAUCCAAUAAUGUGAAGACUUUAAUUCCAGUGCCAUACAAGUUUAGAAAUACAACACUGAAGCAUUUAAGACAACCAAAGGUGAAUGGAUUCGCUUCCAUUAGACUUCAGGUGUAGAGGGCUCAGGUAAUUAUACUCCUCAUUUCCCAUCACAGUAUCAUCACUGGCCUUUGGUGCUUUAUAAAUAAGGAAUUGGACCUUUUACAGAAAGCAUAUUCUUCAUAUUUUUCACCUCUUUGGUCUGCAUGUCAAGAAUUCAAUGAAAGAUAUGUAGAAACUACAAAUAGUAAGCAACAUUUUUUCUAGUGUGAAGAUCAGUGGAGAGUGAUCACUAGAUUACUCUGACUUAGGUGAAACCCCUGAAAUUAUAAAUAACAUCAAGAACAUGGGAAAACUCUGCAUGUUUAAUAAAUGUCAGACUUCAGAAAGGGCGGAGAUUGUAGUUUUCCAACAAGUUAAAAAAUAAUCUGCUAGAUCAUUAGUAACUUAGCAUGUAUACAUCUUGUUUUUAAAAGUAAGUGAAAAUAGUGUAAAAAAUGUAUUAGACUCUCUCAUUUUUCAAGCAGUAAAGUACUUCCUCAGAAGGUCACUGAGAUCAUCAGACGUUGUAUUUACCACUUGGCUUCAAUGUAUAAAUCCUACCUUGUAAGCCCCUUGUAAGAAAUGGUCCCAUCACUAUUGGUUAGAACUGAUUUGCAAAACUACUAAAGUUGUUUGUUUGUUUCAGAGAGGGAGGAGGUUAGGGACAGAGGGACUGGGAGAGAUGGAAUCCCAGUGUGGAGCCCAGCAUGGGGUUUGAUCUCACAACCCUGAGAUCAUGACCUGAACUGAAAUCAAGAGUCAGACGCUUAACCAACUGAGCCACCCAAGUGCCCCCAAACUAUUCUAGUUUUAAGACUGAUGAAAGGUUUUAGGGUUUUUUUUCUCCUGCCUUGUAUGCUGAGAAUAAUAUAUGUAAUAAUAUUUUUCCUUUACAGCUUAUGGCUUUAGAUUUGUCAGAUAUACAUGUAUAUAUGUGUAAACUGCUCUCUUCUCAGCUGCAUGAUUUUUUUUUAGAAAAAAUGAAUAAAUCCGUACAUGCUUGUAUGCUAACUUAUUUACUCCACAGUGAUAGACUUAAAAGCAUUUCUAAAUUUAACUGAAAAAUAAAGCACUCUAAGAUAGGAGUAAAGAAUAUUUUUGACAUUAGUUUCUAUGUAAUUAACGUAUACCAAGAUUUAAAGUAAAUUUUUAUUUGAAGGUGAGGUAUUUGUUUACUAAAAUGUUGCUGACUAAGGGUAGAGGAGUGACUUAAAUAUCUUUUUAAAGGAAAUUCCUUUAACUUAACUUCUGUGACUUUGAAAAAGAAGGAUUGUUACCUUUGAUGAUUAUGCUCUCUUGAUCUGUAUACCUCUUUAAAUAAAUGAAACAAUACCAAUUUUAAAAGUUCUUGUAGAAUUGAACCUGCCUUAUACAAAAUUAUCUACCCUAAAAAUUAAUUAGAUUUUCUACAUAUCUAAAAGAUAUUAUAACACAUUCUUGUCUUUUCUCUUUGCAAAAUAUUUUUAAAUUGAGAAAUGCGAUUUUAAUUGUCAAUGGAAUGUAAUUUUUAAAAUUAUUUUUAAUAAAAAUAGAAACAGCUCAGAGCUAAA